AUGCUGACUCUGAAGCUGGCGUAUGAUUUCUGCCAUGGCAAGAGCAACCAUGUUAUUUGGAGCAACAUGGUUUGGCAUGGUUCAAUUCUGCCGGCAAAAUCGAUGGUUUUAUGGAAAUUCUUGAACAAUGCUUUACCCACUGAUGAUAUCCUCCAUAAGAACGGUUUUAACUUUCCUUCUCAAUGUACUUUGUGCCUCAAUCAUGAGGAAUUCCUGCUCCAUCUCUUUUUCUCUUGCCAUUACGUCGCGAAUCAUUGGAACUGGCUCUGUAGUAGAUUCAAUUACAAUGACAACAUUUUAGGUAUUGAAGAUUGUUGGGGAAGUUCAUUAAUUCUGGUUGGUCUGCACAAUGCAAGUUGGUUGCUAUGGCUGGAAUCUAAUUUGUUUUUGCAGAAGUUUGGCUUGUCAGGAACAGCUCCAGGUUGGAUGACCGAACUGUUCCUUGGUCUUCUUCUACCAAAAACAUUUCUUCCCUUUUAA